GCGAGUAAAACAAACGUAUUGUCCUGAUACAACAGUUAUAUUUAUUUAGCGGGAAACUCGAAAGUGGUAAGUGUGGUAAAAACCAAUUAAAUGCUAAAAUAUAAAUCUGAACUAAAUAAAAAAAAAUCGGAAGUUAACGGUAAAACUGAAGAGAAAAAAAGAAGCAAGUAUUAAGAAACUGUGACAGGGCAGGGACCAUGAACAGGGGCAAAUUCCCACGCAGAGGUGAGCAGGGGAGAGGCUUCUACCCCCGCAAGCGCGGCUGGCAGGGCAGGGGUCGUGGCAGCGGCAAUGUUGGCAGUACCGCUCCAGCCACCCAGCUGCACAUUCUGGACAUGCUCAGAGUGGAGCCUGGCCCCUACCGUGGCUGGAAGAUGUACUUCCCACAAGAAGCUUACCGGGAUGGCUCCAGCAUAGUUCACAAAGUUCAUGCAGUCGAAAAAUUCAUAGCGGCCAACAGGAAGUCGUACUCUCACACAGACAUAGAAGUACGCAAAGCGUUCACCAUCAACAUCAAAACGGUCACAAAUGACAUUGACUUCUCAGAGUCGUGGCCAAACUUCAUGGAAGAUCUGACGGACAACCCAGAGAGCUCGCUUGGCUGUGUGGGGCUGGCGAUGCACCAGUACGUUCUCGUGGCCUUGGAGGAAGACGUGAGAGCCCAGCUUCAGGGGACGGAUGAUGAGGUCAUCAACAUCCCCCCGGUCAAUCUGCCCAUGGUGAGGGCACGCCCCAUGAACUUCGAGCCGGUUACCCAGCUCAAGAAUCUCAAGGCGAGCUACUACGGAAAGCUUGUGUCCGUGCGAGGGACGAUCAUACGCGUGGGUAACGUAAAGCUUCUGUGCACAUGGAUGGCAUUCCACUGCACAUCCUGCCUUGCUCUGCAGUGCGUGCGACAGCCAGAGGGCAUCUACACCCAGCCCACCGUCUGCAUCGGGGAAAACUGCAAGAGCAGAACGUUCGUGGCGCUCCACUCCUCCGAGUACACCCAGACCGUCAACUGGCAGUCAGUUCGCCUCCAAGAGCUGGUCGCAGACGACAACCGCGAGGGCGGCCGCAUCCCUCGCACCAUCGAGUGCGAGCUCCUAGAGGACCUCCUGGACUCGUGCGUGCCAGGGGACAUCGUCAUGAUCACGGGCAUCGUGAAGGUCCGCAACAACGAAGACACCUUCAAUAAGAAAGCUCCCAGCAUGUUCCUGAUGUACAUUGAAGCAGUCUCCGUGGUGAACAGCAAGAACCACUCGGUGGCAGGGUACUCGUCUGGAGCAGGCAUAGAGUUCAACAUCAGAGACUACUAUGCCAUCCAGCAGAUCCAUGCAGAGACCCGGCUCUUCUGGCUGCUCGUCAACUCCCUCUGCCCCACCAUAUACGGUCACGAGAUGGUGAAGGCCGGGCUGCUGCUGGCACUGUUCGGAGGCUCUGCAAGGGAGGACGGCGGCCGUGCGGACAUUCACGUGCUGGUGGUGGGGGAUCCCGGUCUAGGCAAGUCGCAGAUGCUGCAGGCCUGUGCCGGUGUGGCCCCGCGCGGGGUGUACGUGUGUGGCAACACGAGCACCGCUUCGGGGCUGACGGUGACCCUGAGCAGAGAAGGGGGAGGGAACUACGCCCUGGAGGCAGGAGCAUUGGUUCUCGCCGACCAGGGCUGCUGUUGCAUCGACGAGUUCGACAAGAUGAGCAGCCAGCACUCGGCACUGCUCGAGGCCAUGGAACAACAGAGCAUCAGCAUUGCCAAGGCAGGAGUGGUGUGCUCCCUGCCGGCACGCACGUCCGUGCUGGCCGCAGCCAACCCCACGGGCGGCCACUACCAGCGCGGCAAGACGGUGUCGGAGAACCUGCGGCUGGGGUCCGCACUGCUCUCGCGCUUCGACCUGGUGUUCAUCCUGUUGGACCGGCCCGACGAGAGGCUCGACGGCCUCCUGUCGGAGCACGUGAUGGCGCUGCAUGCCGGUCUCGCGAGGAAGGCCACGGGGAGCAGUAACGGCUCGGAGCUCGGCUCGCCCGAGGCGAGGGACGGUCUGCUGAGGGAACGGCUCAGGCUGCACCCCGAGGAUGAGCUAGACCCCGUGCCCCACCGGCUGCUGCGGAAGUACGUGGGCUACGCCCGCAGGUACGUACGCCCCUACCUCUCCCCGAAGGCCGCGGACAUCCUGCAGCGCUUCUACCUGGAGCUGCGUCGGCAGCGCCAGGGCGGGGACGGCACGCCCGUGACCACGCGUCAGCUGGAGAGCCUGGUGCGUCUGGCCGAGGCGCGUGCCAAGCUGGAGCUACGCGAGGAGGUCACGGAGAGGGACGCGCUGGACGUGGUGGAGGUGAUGCGGCACAGCCUGGUCGACACGCUUAGCGACGAGUUCGGCCGCCUCGACUUCCGGCGGUCUCAGCACGGCUCUGGAAGCAGCUCGCACGGCCAGGCCAAGCGCUUCGUGACGUUCCUACAUCGGCGCGCCGACACGCUCAGUCGUUCUGUCUUCUCCGUGGAAGAGCUGAAGGAAGUGGCACAGGUCGCCAACAUCCAGGUGCCUGACUUCUUUGGCUUCUUGUCAGCACUCAACUUGCAGGGCUUCCUGCUGAAGAAAGGCCCCAAGCUGUACCAGCUGCUGAGUGUCGACUACUAGCACCUCUCACGAAGCAAGCCGCUCGUCAUGACUGAAGGCACUGCUGAUACAAGUUCGGAGACAACAUUUACAAUUGUGAAUCCGUUCCAGUUUAGUGUCCCAAGAAAAGUUUUAUGAAGUACCUAUUUAGUAAUUAAGAAUUAAACUUUAUAACAAAUGUAUUUUCUUAAAAAAAUUAGUUUAUAAUUUUUGUUUUUGAUCCUCAAAUUGUGGAUUAUUUCGUGAAUUUCCAUUCCUUGCACUGUUAGGUUUUUUUUAAAUGUUUGUGAGUAUGGUAAUGCAAAAACAAGAAUUAAUAUGUAUAGCUUAUGUAAUUAUAAUAUUUCAUGGUUGCUACAGAAAUAGAAUCUUAGAAUUCCCUGACUUUUCCCUGUUUUCCAGAAAUUUAUGAGAAAAAUUCCCUGACUUUCUAAUGAAGUACAUACCAUAAAUAUUAACGUGCAUAUGAUUAAAUGUAAUAUAAAAAUUACAACAUGAGGUAAAAUAAGGUUUUUUUAUUGUGUUAUUUUGAUGGCAGAAUUGCGAAGGAUUGUUUUUUUUUUUUUUCUUCGACAUGUCUGGUGAGAGCUCUUCGGUACAUAUUGCUGUGAAUACUUUUGUAGCAAAAAGUGCAGUACGCAGAAUUUAUGUUUUUUGCAGAGGGUUUGAUAUGCUGAAACUGUGACUCCUUGAGCCAAUUCUCCUUAAAAGUAGUUUUCUUUGACAUCUCUAAGCUAAAAAAAAGUACAUAUUAAUAUGUUCAGGUUAGGUUAAAAAAUUAUUGUUUAUGAAUUCUUAAAAAAAUAUUAUUACACAAAUACAAAAACUAUUACAAAUUCACACAUAGCAAUAUAACGGGCCUACUUAGAGAAUUACAAUAGCAGCAUUACAACAUGCAAUAGGGCGUACUCUUACAUUCUUACAAUGUUAACUAACGAUCCUGGGGAAAAACAUUUUCAGUUAUGCAUAUUUUUUUAUACACAAUGUAAGUGUCACACAACAGAACUCGCGGAUUAUAACGGUUGAAAAAAAAAGUAAUUAAAAAAAAUAGUUAGAAAAAAUGCAAAAACAUAACAGCACACAAAAGCCACGUGUUUUCGUAUCAGCUUGGUAGUUUUCAAAAUGAGAAUUGGUAUUGCUUAUUUAUCAAAAUGCACUUUAUUUUCUUAUGAUCGCAUCAAAAACUAACUUCACCUGAAACAACGACUUUAAAUUCACGUAAUAAGCUUUGUACUCAUCUUAUUCCACGUGAAAAUAGCCUUCAAAAGAUAAACGACACCAUGCCCGUUCUGUAGUUCACUGCAUGGAACGGAACAAAACACAAAGUCUCAAGGGCAAAUUAAAAAGGAUCAAAGCACGAACAAAUGAAGGCCGGGUUCGCUAGUGAACAAACGAGUGCCUGGAUUGGCCAGAAGUUAUGGUGGGUGGUUGUAACAGCCUAUUGCAACGGACAAUCGUAGACCAAGUAAAAAAACAGUUGCAGUUGCCGUGUGCCUUAAGCAGCAGCCUUUUAGCGGAGUCGUUCGGUAGCGGUACGAGUGCAUCAAAACAAAGCUUUGUUUGAAUUAUAAGCAACUUUAAAAUUUCCAGAAUUCGUAGAAAUUUCCCGGAAUUCCCUGACCAUUCUGAUUUCCCUGACAUUUCCCGGUUUUCUAGUCCUGUAGCAACCAUGAUUAUAGUUGGUUUUUACCGUAAGACUAAUGCAGUGCAACCCCAGUUUAACAUUUAUUGAUAAUGAAACAUUCAAAAGCUUUGGUUCUAAUCAUAAUUAUGACAAUUCCCAAACCAUUUGUUUCUGGAUUUAUGAUUGCUGUGGCAUCUAUGUAAUACAUUGACUCAACAUUAGUUCAUGUGCAGAACUAAUUUCUAUAACAUUUAAAGCUGAAUAUACAAAGUGAGAUUUCUGCCAAUAAGGCAUUAGAGAGACUAUUUUUACUCCAAUGUUUUUUAAUCAAGCAUUUAAGUUUUGUAGCUACGUUCCUCAGAUUGCUGUUUUCUGUCUGAAUGUGGUGGUGUGAUUGUGCCUGAGUCUGCAUCUAUACAUCAAAUUUUUCUGGCAAUUUGCAAACUGUAUAAAUUAUAAAGUUAAAGCUUCCACUCACUAUGCAUUGUUUUGACCCUUAAAUAAAAAUGGUUUGACAUUUUGUAGGAUGUUUUAGUAUUUUAUAAAUGUCAAUGGAGUGUUUGAAUUUGUUUCCGUAAGGAUAUCAGUUUUGUACAGAGCUUGUUUAAUAUAACAUAUAUAUCUAUGUUCUAUUUUAGAUAAGUAUUAAUGUAAUGGUCUAAGUUGUUAGUUCAGACUGUUCCUGUUAAUUUUCUACUAACCAGCUUAAUAAUAAGAACCACUUUGAUAACACAACAUUUUAUAUUCAAGUCCUGUACAACAAGAAAAUUCUAUUUUUAAAAAACUUAAAGAAUUCUUCCUAUUAAAUAUUGAAGGCCACCUAUUAAGAAUAGAAUGGAACCCACAGAUUGUAAGUCCUAUUCACACAAGUGUUCACCCAGAUUAUUUUUUCCAUGACAAAAAUACAACAAAUUUAAUUUCUAUAGCAAUUUAUAAUGUUUUUUCUCUCUAUAAAAUUAUUUAAGACUUUAUUUUACACAUCUGUUAAAGCCAGAUCAUUAUUAUAGCCUUAAAAAUUUUUGAUUUUUGUGCAUGUUCCUAAAAAUGUGUUUAAAUACCACUAUUGCAUGAUACAUAAUCAGUUCCCUAAAUAAAGUUAAAAUUUCACAGCACAUUGCUCUGAAGUAUUUUUAGCUUUCCCUGAGCUUAUGUAUGUAACAUGCAUAACAUACUGCAAUAUCCCUGAGGUUACGGUAGAUUUAUGUCAAUAUACAGAAUUCCCACAUACAGGAAAAAUCUGGAAAAUCAGGGAAAUUUGUUAAUAGUGUGGGACCUGAAUAGUGUCAUAUAUGUUAUUCGCAAUUUACUAUGUAAAAUGCCAAUAUGUUAAUUAUGGUAACACAUAGGAUUUAGCCUAUAGUACAGCUGUUACCUAUAUGGAGCCAUAAAUAUUUAUAUUAUUAAAAAUUGUUUAUGUUUGGUUGGUUAAUUUCUUGGAAAUAUUUACAUCGCAGAACUUACGUUGGCUAAAUUAAAGUUCUGUGUAGUAAAAUGUGUGGAUACAAAAUCUACUUUAUUUUAUUUGAUGGACUGCCCUAGACAGCAACCCUUAAUCAUACUGCAGAAUUGUAACAUAAUAAACACAAAUUCAUCUUAAAACAUUAAAAUAAAAACCUUGCAUUAACUACAUGUAAGACUAAGAGACUACAGGUAGUGUUAUGUUACAGUUACGU